GUGAGGAAACAGUGUUGUGAAAGAGAAACAAAGAAACUCUCUUUCUUUCUCUCUGCACAAUUAUCGAGUAGUGUUAUUUUUUUUAAUAAAAAAUUAAUUAAUUUUUUUUUUUUUAUAUAAAAACUGAAGAGAAAAUUCUUUUACAGCGUUAUUUUUUUCCCGGGAAAAAUUAACACAGCUCCGCCAUGGACGGAACCGGUAAUCGAAAUCCACCACCGACUUCCACCGUCGGAGAUAAUUCUCCACCGCCGGAGCCAUCACCGGAGAGUCUCCGCCAUGUAAGCCGUAUGAUCAACAGCAACCAUUACACCUCACCUUCUCGAACAAUCUACUCCGAUAGGUUCAUUCCGAGUAGAUCUGCUUCGAAAUUCGCUUUGUUUGAUAUCAAUACUCCGACGGAAGGACGCGAUGAUAGUUCCAGCGCUUAUACGACUCUUCUUAGAACGGCGUUGUUUGGACCGGAUGUUGCAGGUCCGGUUACGCCGGAGAAAACCGACUCGCCGUCGAUGACAUUGCCGAAUAGGAAUAUUUUUAGGUAUAAGACGGAGACGAGACAGUCCAUGCACUCGCUUUCGCCGUUUAUGGAUGAUGAUUUUGUUCCUGGUAUUAAUCAUAGUCCGGUUAAGGCUCCUAGGAAGGUUCCUCGAUCGCCUUAUAAGGUUUUGGAUGCACCUGCUUUGCAAGAUGAUUUUUAUCUGAAUCUGGUAGAUUGGUCUUCACACAAUGUGUUGGCUGUUGGUUUGGGUAACUGUGUUUAUCUCUGGAAUGCUUGUAGCAGCAAGGUAACUAAAUUAUGUGAUUUGGGGGUUGAUGAUUGUGUUUGUUCUGUUGGUUGGGCUCAACGCGGUACUCAUCUUGCUGUUGGAACUAACAAUGGUAAAGUUCAGAUUUGGGAUGCAGCAAGAUGCAAGAAGAUAAGAUCAAUGGAGGGCCAUCGGUUACGUGUCGGUGCCUUGGCCUGGAGUUCAUCUCUUUUGUCUUCUGGUGGACGGGAUAAGAAUAUUUAUCAACGAGAUAUACGCACACAAGAAGAUUUUGUUAGUAAACUGUCAGGACACAAAUCAGAGGUUUGUGGACUGAAGUGGUCAUAUGAUAACCGUGAGUUGGCAUCUGGAGGAAAUGACAACAAAUUGUUUGUUUGGAAUCAACACUCAACCCAGCCUGUCCUCAAGUACUGUGAGCACACAGCAGCUGUUAAAGCUAUUGCAUGGUCUCCUCAUCUUCAUGGACUUCUUGCAUCUGGAGGAGGAACUGCAGAUAGAUGUAUUCGUUUCUGGAAUACAACCACAAACUCACACCUAAGCUGUAUGGACACUGGAAGUCAGGUUUGCAAUCUUGUCUGGUCCAAAAAUGUCAAUGAACUAGUAAGCACACAUGGCUACUCCCAGAACCAGAUAAUUGUUUGGAGAUACCCCACUAUGUCAAAGCUGGCGACUCUUACCGGCCAUACUUAUAGGGUUCUCUAUCUUGCCAUCUCUCCGGAUGGACAGACUAUUGUAACUGGAGCUGGAGAUGAAACGCUUAGGUUCUGGAAUGUUUUCCCUUCCCCUAAAUCACAGAAUACUGAAAGUGAAAUCGGAGCAUUAUCUCUUGGAAGAACUACUAUCAGGUGAUUGAUCCUGGCAUUGCAGCCUAAUCAUGUGGCAUAUUUCUAAGUUUGGGUUGCUGUGUAGAACUAAAUUUCAGAGCAGAGAACACCAUGGUGGAAAAACCUUGAAUAUAAAAACACCACCAAUGUAGCAUCUUUACCAACUGGGAGAGCCUUGGAGGGAGCUAUAAAAGUUUUGAUAUGGCUGCCGGUGAUAUCUAUUCCUGCAUUCAUGUGUAGUCUCAUUUUAUAUUGAAAAGAUGAUAACAAAUGGGUAAUUUAUUGUCUUGGACUUAUACAAUGCAUUGAUGGAGUUGUAGCCAAGUUUUUUUAUUACUCUUUUUUUUUUGUUCUUUUUGAUAGUGCUCUCCUGCAUUAUAUAUAAUUUUAAGAUGCAUUAACAGAGAAAACAUCCUUAACAAACUUGUAUAUAAUUAUUUUUCCUUCACUGUGGUGACGUGGGGUCAAUGCUUUCUUUA